AUGGGAAAACGAACAACAGUUGAACAGCGUGAAUUAGUGCUUCAUAAUCAUAACAAUGGAUUUUCUCGGCGAAAAAUAGCUGAAAUUGUUAACCUACCAGAUGACACGGUCAAAGAUAUUAUCCACCGUUUUGUAUUCGAGAAUCGAAUUGGAAAUGAAGGAAGAAAACCUCCGAACAAAAUAUUUAGUGCAUCGGAUGAACGAUAUAUUAAGCGAAGAGUAAAACAAAAUCCAAAGCUAUCGGCACAAAAACUGCACGAAAGAGUAUCACGGAAGAAACCUUUUAUCAGUAAAAAAAAUCGAGCCGUUUUCAGUUUGCAAAGAAGAGUGGAAGAGUGUUAUAUUCGCGGAUAA